UUCCUUUUCUUCAGUGGCUUUUAAUCAGUAGUAGGGAGAGGUUGUGUCGCUACUUUUAAAUUUUUAUCAUGAGCGCGUGUUAAUUUUAGUAAACUGUUUUGUUUGUGUAAUUUGUGUUGUGUUAUUACUGGUCAUGAUGGCUUACUAGCUAUGUUGAUUUAGAUGUCUCCAGUGGCUUAAUAGAUAAUAAUUAUAGUAGCAAUGGGUAGGGCUAAUUUGAGCGUGUGUUUUGUACUUAUUUUAUACCAACUCUGUGCUGUGUACAGUGACGACUCCUCUUCAGAAUCGGAUCUAGGACUGACAGAUCCAAAACAGAGCGAGGCGGGAGUGAGAUGUUACUGCAACACGGCACAGUGCGUGAGCACGGGGUAUUUGUGUCGAUCACGACGAGGUGGCGGCUGUUACAGCGAGCUGCCACCGCGCCGGCACCACGCCAGGCACGGCUGUCUCCACCAUCUAGCUGAACGAGAAGAGGAGGCACUCUCUCACUGCCAGAACGCGCCGUCCUCAACCGCUGGUCUUCCCGGUCGGGAGCAUUCCCUGCUGCUGUGCUGCUUCCGUGACCUCUGCAACCACGAAGACAGUCCACUCGCCAGGGCGCGACUUAACCUCACCGCACACGACUCAGGUAGUGCGGUGGCCAGUGAGAGAGGUACCAGCUACAAUGGUGAGGUUUGGUUCAAGGCGGCCACUAUUGCAGUACCAGUGUGCGGUGCCCUCAUACUCUUCUUGCUAGUAGCCGUCGCUGUCCGGCUGUUGAGAGCUGAUGCGCUGUUACAUGCUGACAGGAAACUAAGAGGCAGUUACAUAUCAACACCCCAGCACUGCGAUGACGUGAAGAAAGUGUGGGUCGGGAAUUCCGCCCCACUUCUAGUCGGCCCGGGUGGUUGUCUGGUAGCCGUGGAACGGGCUCAGCUAGUGGACAUGUCAAGCCGCCCACUCUGUGAUAUAAAACGAUAGAAACUAUAGACUGUACUAUGUAAUCUCUUAGCUUUUCACUGUGAAGUGACUUCAAUUAUCUGUCACUUGAAUUAUUAGUAAAUGUCUGUAGACCUUUUCCGCAAUUUUUUGAUUUAGUUGUUUCAUUCCUAUUUCGUUUGAAUAAAUUGUAUAAACUUUGGCCAUUUGCGCCAUCUAGCGAAAAGCAGUGAACUAAAUUUAUUUAUUUUCAAACCACUAGAUGUCCUUUUUGUAUGUAAUUGAUCUUAUUAUUGAUCUCAAACGUGUCACUUCACGGUAUAAAGGCUUGUAUACCAAAUCUACCAUAAUAUUAUGUAAUUUAAUGUUUAUUUUAAGCUUUGUGUUCCUUAUUGUAAAUGCGAUUAUGCUAAGGUGGAAUUACUGAAAGUGUAAACUUAUAUUCCACGGAUUUAAUCACUACUGAAGGGUGUUGGAGAAUCUGUGGACUGUUUGAGUCAUAAUAGAGGUCCUUCCUUGUAAUUUUUAUUGCGUUGACUAUGCCUGUUUAUUUUAUCCAAUUAACUUCAAACAUGAAAUUGCGCGGCGGCGCCAUUUUGAUUCGCCGUGUCAAUUUUUUUUAAAGAUUCCUUAAUGAACUCGAGAUCAAUUCGUAAUUAUAAGUAAAUUUUGUGCAUAUAUAUUUUAUGUAUAGAAGAGCCCGAAAAAUACAAUAUUAAUAUUGUUGAUGUAUUUUGGAUUUUGAUAGUUUUUGAUUUGAGUUCGAGUAAUGAACACGUUUUUAUAUUGGUAUAUAUAUUUACAAAUAUACAAAAGCUGGUUGUGGGAUUGUGCACAUAUUGUAUAUCAUAACGGUUUUAUUAAGGAUCAUUGUCACAUGCGCAUAUGCAACGAAUAUUUCCAUCCUUUUAUCUCACGCUCUCUAAUUUAACUUCUAUUCUUCCAUCUCUGUCCAUUUUUACUCUGGUGUGCAGCAAUAUGUCAAUUAUUGUCAAUGACAUACGUACGUUUGGACAAAUUGUAUAGUUCAAAUAAAAUUAUUGCAUAUUUUUAUAUGAUAUAUAUUCCAUUUGAGAUGACAAUUAUAGUUGUAAGAAUUCUUAGUGCCUUCAACUAUUAAGAAUGAAAUUUCGAUUUUUUAUGGACAGUUUCGAUUUUUUUUUAAUGUUUUAAGUCGUGUAACAAUGACAGUCUAGUUUUUUUUUCAAACGAUAAAACUUGUGCAAUGGUUUUAUUUUAAUGAAAUAUUUAUAUAUUUUGACAGUAAUGAAAUAUUCUUUUCAUACCAGUGGAGAAACAGAGAGGCAGUCUUUAUAUUGAAAUCUUUAUAUCUGAGCUGUCGGAAUUAGUUUUACAUUACAUUAGCCAGGUUUUCUUCUUUGAAGGAGUAGCAAUGUACACUGCUUUAUACAUACUCUAUAUGUAGAAUAUAAAAUGGUUACAUAAUGUAUAAAAUGUAAAUAUAGUUUUUAGAGCACUGGCAAAAACAAGCACUACAUUUUUUUUAUUAUUUACCCGUAUUUCUUUCAUUAUUCAAAAACAUUGAAAUCACAAUAACUGGCAAAUUUGUGAAAAAUGUACAAUUCAUUUAGUGGGUGAAAUUUUCUCUUGAUAAUUAUGGGGUACUUUUAACUUUGUCUCUUGGUAUUUUCAAUUUUACACGUUUUUUAUGGAGAAAUAACUUCUGACAAAUAUUCAAAACUCAUUUGAGUUUUAUCUUGACAGCGACAUGUCAAACUGACAGUUUCCUGUCACUUAUAUCAAUAACUAGAUUUUUUUUAGGUUUCGAGUACCCCAUUAUGAUCAAAUAUAAGUGGUUCGUAGCUUCCCUAAGGUGCCUUAUUAUAAUAUAGUUAGGUGCAAAAAAAUACUCCUGUAAUGUUAAUAUAACACUAUUGUAAAUAUGAUGUAUAAAUAUUGGAUGAAUUAAAUGAAAUUAUUUUAUUA